AAAUCAAUUCAGUUGGUGGUUCAUAGUCAAAUAAGUUACAUCGAACCGCUCGUAUUGGAUUUAAAUUUUCUAUAUAAUAUUUUUUUUUUGUUUUUUAAAAUAGAGUUAAUAUGAAGUUUUUAGUAGUAUUAGCUUUGUGCUUAAGUGCUGUUGUUGCAGAACUUCCAUUGGACCUUCACGCGAGAGUCAAUUCCCUUCGUGAUAUUCAUUAUUCACAACACUCACAAACUGUUGGAGAUGCCAAGAGAAUCGUCAAUCAAAAGUUAGGAGCUGAACUUUCUUCCGACUCCGAUGUAGGUCAACAACAAUUGCAGUCAUCAUUGGAAGAGGUUGAUUCUUAUGGGGUUGGAACUGUUGGUGCCUCAGGCUUUUCAGGGUCUGGCUACUCGGGCUCAUCGUCAUCAUCAGCCUACAACAGUGCUAGCAGCGCAAGUCAGUCUGGAACUCAACAAGUCUUACAAGAUGAAUACGGAAGUGCUGGAUUUGGUGUUAACGUGGGUGUCGGUGCUGGAUCAUCAGCACUCAACACUGAAUAUUCUUCCUCCUCAUCGCAAACUGCUGGUUCAGGGCCAAUUGUCAUUCCAGUGAGUGGUGGUGGUUCAUCGAGCUUUUCCGAACAAUCAGAGAGACGUGUCGAAGGCGGUAGUUCUCCAGUGGUUAUCACUUCACCAGUGGGUGGCUCUGAGACUUACUCUCAUCACGAAUCCCGAGUCCAAAAUCAGGCAACCCCAAUCUAUGUGAGCUCACCUUCAGGCGGUGCCGAAAGUUAUUCCCACCAUGAAGAACGUCGUGUACAAAAUCAAGCUGCUCCAGUGUAUGUAGCCCCAUCUGGAGGCUCUGAAAGCUACAGCCAUCACGAAGAACGUCGUGUGCAAAAUCAAGCAGCCCCUGUGAUUGUUGCCCCUGUUGGAGGAUCUGAGAGUUUCAGUCGCCAUGAGGAACGCCGUGUUCAAAACCAAGCUGCUCCACUUUACAUCAGCUCACCAUCAGGUGGAUCGGAGAGCUACACCCAUCACCGAGAGCAACGUAUUCAACAGGCUGCCAUCCCAACAGUGUACGCUCCAAGUGGUGCUUCUGAGAGCUACUCGCAUCAACGUAUGCAACGUGUUCAGAACCAAGCUAUGCCAAUAAUCUACUCAUCACCCAGUGGUGCGUCCGAGAGUUACUCCCACCGCAGUGAGAAAAUUAUUAAGUCCCAGCCCGUUCCAGUCUACAUCCCAGCACCCUCCGGUUCUGAAAGUUUCUCACAGAUGAGCAAGUUCUCUUCUCAAUCUCAAGCUGCUCCAUUGACCAUAAUUCCAUCAGUUGGCAUUAGCUCGCACUCAUCCCUAUUGAACAGCCAGUCACAAAUUCUUCCCACAGCAACUUAUCUACCCGCUCAAGACUCCUUCGGCAGAUAUUCAUCGGAGAGUAUUUCCAACUCCCAGAUCGCUCCAACCUACAGCACCAUCAUCACCCCAGGAGGUGGUGCCUCUGAAUACAGCUACACACACAAAAGCUCGAAGUCCCAGGCUCAGCCAAGUAUCAUUUACUCACGACCCGCCUUAAAUUCUCAUUCUAGCUACACUUCGCAACAGUCCGCGAGAAACAGUGGCUCGAGCUUGCUUCCAAUUGUUACCGGUUCUUUAGUCAAUACCAAUGGUUUAUACUCUACAAAUGGUGCUUUGGUUGCUUCCCCAUCUCUUGGAAGCAGCUCUACCUUUGGGUCUCACCAAUCGUCGCUCUUCGACUCUGGUCUACAUUCUUCAUCAUCUGGCCUUGACCGCUAUAUGACCGAAUCAGAACGCUUGGCAAGAAUGCAAGCUCACGAUGUUGGUUUCGGUGGUUUCCGUACCGGAAGUUCACAAUUGAAUUUGGAUGGAAGUACCUCUUUUGGCAGUCUUGGAUCUGGUAAUUUGGGUCUACGUGGGGUAGAUGGUGCAGGUUAUCGUACAAAAUCAUGGGAAAAGAGUUCCAAAUGGGCCUCUGGCACACAGUUCGGUGCCGAUGGAAGACCAAACAACUACAAUCUCUUGUCAACUGCUGAAGCUGAAAACCACGACAUCAAUGGCAGAAGGGCUGGCUACAAGGCUGCUACAACGACUCUCGAUGAUGAUGGCAAAGUCAGUACUUACAGUAUCCAUUCAUAAGGAAGAUUAAUUUGAAGGCGUCGUUUCUUAAUUGUAAUAAAGUUAUGUAAAAGUCAUUAUGAGUUGUUAUUUUGUUAAAAAAAAGUUUUUGUUAAAAAAUAAAAUCAAUUAAUUAAAUCCGUA